AUGUCUCUGCUUAAGUGGUUGCUGCGGGUCUCCAAUCGCUCUUUGCUCGCCUUCAUCUUCUUCUUCUGCCUCUCGUCGUCUUGUCUAUACUUCAUCUAUGUGGCUCCAGGAAUCGUCAACACCUAUCUGUUUAUGGUACAAGCCCGAGGUAUAAUGUUGAAAGAAAAUGUGAAAACAAUAGGACAUAUGAUCAGACUAUACACAAAUAAAAAUGCUACUCUCAAUGGUACAGAUUACCCUGAAGGCAAUAAUUCAAGUGAUUAUCUUGCCCAAACAACAAUGUAUCUUCCAGAAAACUUCACAUAUUCUCCUUACCAUCCAUGCCCAGAAAAGCUGCCUUACAUGAGGGGCCUUAUCAAUGUCAAUAUGAGUGAAAUCAGUUUAGAUGAAAUUCAGCAGGUAUUCUCUAAGGAUUUAGACAUUGGUCCAGGCGGUCAUUGGAGGCCCAAAGACUGCAAACCCCGAUGGAAGGUGGCAGUUCUCAUUCCUUUUCGUAAUCGCCAUGAGCAUCUUCCAAUUUUUUUCUUGCAUCUAAUACCAAUGCUACAGAAACAGAGAUUGGAAUUUGCUUUUUAUGUCAUUGAACAGACUGGCACUCAACCUUUUAAUCGUGCGAUGCUCUUUAAUGUUGGAUUUAAAGAAGCUAUGAAAGAUAUGAUGUGGGAUUGUAUAAUUUUUCAUGAUGUGGAUCAUUUACCAGAAAAUGACCGAAACUACUAUGGAUGUGGGGAAAUGCCACGUCAUUUUGCAGCAAAGUUGGACAAAUACAUGUACAUUCUUCCAUAUAAUGAGUUUUUUGGUGGUGUAAGUGGACUGACAGUGGAGCAGUUUAAAAAGAUCAAUGGAUUUCCUAAUGCUUUCUGGGGAUGGGGAGGAGAAGAUGAUGAUCUCUGGAAUAGAGUUCAUUAUGCUGGAUAUAAUGUUACAAGACCUGAGGGAGACUUAGGAAAAUACAAAUCCAUUCCUCAUCAUCAUCGAGGAGAAGUUCAGUUUUUAGGACGAUAUAAGUUGCUACGGUAUUCAAGAGAGCGUCAGUAUAUUGAUGGGUUGAACAAUUUAAAAUAUACUCCUAAAAUACUGAUCAGUAGGCUGUAUAAAAACAUCACUGUAAACCUCACUCCAGAUUUAGCUCCUGUUCAAGAUUAUUAAAAGAAAUGGAUCUUACUUCAAGACCAAAUGGAACUGUUGGACUGGAUGCUUGGUGUGCACUGGUGGGAAAUAUUUAUAGAAGCUUUUUGGUUAUUGAGAGAUCUGUGAAAAGUAAAGUAUGUGACAGUGCACUGUUUGCCGAAAAGAAGAAAUGCCAGCAGCCAAUACUCAAUGUUUACAGCAUGGAACUUUUAACAGCCAAGCCUUCUUUCACUAUAUUCUCUGUGUUAAGAAACCACUCAGCUAUAUACAUGGAUAACACUGCAGAAAACAGAUACCAUUGCUUAGGAGUGAGAGCUCUCUUCUACCAGAAAAAAAAUUUUAUACUAAAAACUAUGAUUUUAAUUUGAGUGAAUGCUUUAUUUCCUUUAAAAAUGUUUUGUAAAUAUAUGUGAUGUAAAUUUAUGUGGUCAAAUAGCUUUUAAAAAUAAUAUGUUGAAAUUCUGCAUGCCCUUAUUUGUUUUUUGUAGGAUUUUUUUUAGUCUGCAUGGAAGAACCAAUGUACAUUUGUUACCAAGCAGAGGUAAACCCUUGUGUGAAAUGAAGGAACUGUCAAUAAUUGAUGGCCAGCUAUGAUAGUAACUUGUAAUACUAGUUUUGAGCUUUAGGCCUCCAGCCUUUUUUAUUGAUUAGAUUCAUAGCUUUCAUCAAAUAUUAAUGGUAAAGGGAAAGAAAUUAAGUAGUUCCCUUCCUGCUAAGUUUAGAUAAUUUCCUUGCUUACUUUCUCAUCUAGUUUUGCUGAUUCACAACCAUAUCAUUUAUGCAUAUUGCAUGUAUAAUACCAAGAAAAUCUUAAAAGUUCUUAUAUAUCAUAAUAUAAAGGACCUCUUAUUUUAAGUGUCUUCACAUGUGCCACUAGUGUUAGUGUCAGGGAUUCUGUGCCUAAAACAAUGUUCUCAAGUUCCUGAGUGUUUGUAUACUGUAGUGGUUUUUUUUUUUCUUUGUUUGUUUUUAUUACUGGUGAACUCAUUUUUAUUCUUCCCAUAUCAAAAGAGCCAAAAAAAAAGUCUUCAUUUCAAAGAAAAACCGCCACCUAUUAUAGUUUUGUUUUUAUUUCUAAAAAUGAAUUAUGGGAAACACUGCGAUGCUUGUAUUAUGCUAAUCAGUUUGGGGGGUUAAAUAAAGAAUUAAACUUUCUAUUUUGUGGAGAUAAAUAUUAGAAGGAACUACCAUAUUUUAAAAUUUGAUUCAGUCUACAUUUUAUAUAUUCAGAAAAUUAUAGCUGGAAAGGGACCUAUGAGAUCAUUUAAUACAACUUUCCCAUCUUACAGAUGAGGACAGAUGGAGAUGAAUUGACUUGCCCAAGAUCAUCUAUCUAGGGGCAGAAUCAAGAUCAGAUCCUGGUCUCCUGACCAUUGGUCCAGUCCUCACAUCACUUUACCACACUGCCUCUUCUAUAUCAUUUAAGGAUCACUCAUAUGGUAUUAUUGAUUCCAUUUAACAACAAAGAGCAUUCAUGGAGAGAACUCAUAAAAGAGCUUGUUAUGAAAUUAAUUUAGAUAUGAGUCAAAUUAUGUCAUUCCCUUUCUCCCCCGUAGCUACUUUUAGAAAAUGCCUGAUAUAAAUCAGUUCAUAAGUAGUGUUAGUCAAGUCUCUAACACUAAGGUAAUAAAAAAAAGUUCCACUUUAUUUAGAAACAUGAUAUAUUUAGUUUAAAUUUUAAGUGAACUUUUCAAUGUUAAAGCAAAUUAUACCAACAUGCUAUCUUUUCUUUUGACAGCUGUGUCAAUCAUAGUCAUUUAGUAUUUCUUAAACCAAAGAUUUUUUUUAAUCCUUAAAUGUUAUGACGAAUGUCAGAUAAAAUAAGUAUUUGUAGAAUUAGAAAAUGUGCAACCUUAUUUACAACUGAAUAUUUGCUUCAUGGAUUCUUCUGAAAAGAUCCAUAGUUGGGUCAUCUCAGGUUGUGAGUGUAACCUUAAAGUUGUUUUUGCUCUGGCAACCUUGACAGCACAAAGGAUCAUAACCAAAAUCUUAAAAAUCAUUAGCCUGUCUGUAACUUUGAUAAAAGAGAAAAAAUUUUGGCAUAAAAUUAGGAGAUGAGAUAAAUUUAUUUCUGUUAUGUUGCUUAGAAAUGUUUUUUAUUUUUAAUAUAUUUCUUUUUCACUCUCCUUCUGUGGCAUAAAUAAAUGUCAGCCAAACUUUUAAAAAUGAUUGUUUAAAAUGCUUUGAGAAUUUCAUUCUCUGGCCAUUUUUCUCUUGUAUCAAAUAUAUUUUCUUACUGUUAUAAAAUGAAAGAAUCUGGAUGGAAAAUAGUAUUUAUCAAGACCUAUAACACUCAAUUUUUUUGUUUUUUAAGAACAAAAAAGUCUAAUUAGUAAAUACACUGACAAUUAUGGAAUGAAGUUGCAGAUGGAGAGAAUGCAGGCUCCUAUUUUCCAUUAAAGAAACAUUUCUUUUUCUUAGAAUGUGUUAAGGAGGUAUAAAUCUUACAUUGCUUUUUAAAAAUGUAACUUUAAAAAGUUGAGAGUUGCCCACAUUUUGGUCUUUUCAUUUAAAUGCAUCUGCUGCAGUAUUAAGGAAAACAUAAUACUGUAACAUGCUUGGCACGUUUGUUUGCGCUACAUGUUUUUUGACACAACUUUAAUUUUUUUCAGUUUUGAAACUGAAUGUUUGAAAACAUUCAGGUACACAUAGUUGGAAAUUGUAUGUACCUUUUUGUAAAAAGUCUAGAUAAUAAAUUUUAUAGUUAAAGUAGUGAACAUGGAUGUGGUUCGGUAUUAGUGGAUCAAAUUUUGCCCAGUUGCUUAAUAAAAGUUAAAAUACAAAAUAAUUUAUUCCAGAGAAAUUAAAAUAAUAUACAAAUGUACUAAUGUAAAACAAUGUUCUUAAAUCAGUCAAGUACAUUUUGCUUAAGCUUAAAUCAUGUUUAUCCUAUUAAAGGAUUAUAUAUUGCUCAAUAAUUGAAAAACUCUAAAUACUGAUCCAGGAUCUUUUAAAAAUAUUAUCUUGAAGAUAUGAUUUUAAAUUGUCCUUAGUGCCCACUGCACUAUAGCAGGAGUUAACACAGUGCCUUUUACAAAAAGGAAAUGUAAAGACUGGUGUGCAUACUAGUAAGCAAAGUUUUGUACACAUGGUCUGUCUGCUGCUGAGAUUCUUUUCUAAUUCACAAUUUAAGUAUAAAUUCCAUCUUUUCUGGCUUCUACUCUUGACAGAAAUAGUAAAAACAAACCUAUGCCAAAUAUAAGAUGAAAUGAACUUGAAAAAUCCAGUUUUCAAUUUUUUUCUUAUAUUUGGAGGGGUGAGGGUGGGGGAUUAAUGAUUGUACCUUAUUCACUCAGUUUGCAUGGAAAAGUGAUUGCUUUUUGAGAGACUGUCUCUAUUACUCUCCUAGCCAAAUUGUUGAUUUCCAUUUUAAACCAAAAUGGAAAAAAAAUCAAUAGAACUUCCUCCCUUUUUGGGGAGGAUAUUCUGACAAGUGAAUGCAAAAUGUUUCUCAUUUUAUUUGACCUUUAUUGGUCUGCAUUAUAUUUCAUUUUUGUCUUUCUCACUAAAUGAUAAACUACUAGUCUUGUUGCAGUGGAAUCAUGAGUGUGUUAGUGAAGAAAAAUAAAAAGGAUUCAAUGGUGUAUAUCAAGAGAAAGUGUACUUAAGACUUUUACUUAUAAAAGUGUGAAAGGCUUUUACAAAAAUGCACUGAAAUGCUGGGAACUUACUGUGUACUAUCAUGUUCUGAUUUUUAUUUUGCUCUUCAUGAAAAUGUUUGUACUUUUUUAUCAUUGUCUUUUAUGAAAUAUAAUGUUCUAAAGA